UAGGAACGAAAGAAGCCUGCCCGCGCAUAGUCCACUAGCUUAUGCACAGACCCUUCGUUCUCCAACGCAUGUCUUUACUCCCAUCGUCAUAGCCCGCCGAAUUACUUUCCCACAAUGCUCGACUCCCCGCGCGCACAACCACCACAAGCAUGGGUUGAGUCGCCAUACCUACGGUCGCUUAUAGCAGGCGGCCUAGCAGGCACAACAGUCGACCUCUCCCUCUACCCCCUCGACACCCUAAAAACGCGUCUCCAAUCCGCCUCAGGCUUCGCCGCCAGCGGCGGCUUCAACGGCAUCUACCGGGGCGUCGGUAGCGCAAUCGUAGGAUCCGCACCGGGAGCCGCCCUCUUCUUCAUAACAUACGACACGAUAAAACGAUCCUUCGCCCAGAGCCAAAGUCUCCCUACCACGAAAAUCGAAUACAACGCAGAAGGAAAACCGUACAAACAAGAUGUCCAAGACAGCGGUACCCAAGCACUCAUCCACAUGGCAGCAGCCAGCGCAGGAGAAGUCGCGGCAUGUGCGGUGCGUGUACCCACGGAGGUUAUAAAACAACGGGCACAAGCAAGUCAGCAUCCGAGUUCACUUUCUGCUCUUACGUUUGUCCUCCAGCAGCGGCAUACACGCGGGUUAGCGCACGUCUGGAUGGAAUUGUAUAGAGGGUGGUCAAUAACCAUCAUCCGCGAAGUCCCAUUCACAGUCAUCCAAUUCCCGCUCUGGGAGGCGCUGAAGAAGUGGCGCAUGAGCCGGACAGGCCGGAAUGAAGUGACGGGCUUGGAGGGAGGUUUGUUGGGGAGUGUAGCGGGGGCGGUCGCGGCGGGCGUAACGACGCCGUUGGAUGUGCUCAAGACGCGGAUGAUGCUUGCGAGGGAGAAACAGCCCAUGGUGCAGAUGUUGGGGAGGAUCAUGAGGGAGAGCGGGCCGAGGGCGUUUUUUGCGGGGAUGGGGCCACGGGUGGGCUGGAUUAGUGUUGGGGGUGCGAUUUUCUUGGGGAGUUAUCAGUGGGCGAGUAAUGCGUUAGGGGGUGUGGUUGAGGAGUGAGCGUGGGUGGCAUGGCAGAUCAUGGAGAGAUCAUGGAGAAAGGGUGGAGAAGGGAAUGUCAAUGAGAGUAUAUGAUUAACUCUAUCCUACUCAGCCACAUGAGGCCGAGGCCACGGACUCAUAGAAGAGUCUACUGGCAAGCGGGUA